AUACUUUACUGUUCCGCCAUUUUGGUACUGUAAAGACAGUAAAUUUACUAAAUCUAUUAUACCUUAUCACUUAACCUCAUAAAUUAUAGACUUUUAGUAAUGCACGGUUAACUUAGCUCAUAGGUAUAUGUUUUAACAAUGAGUGCAAAAGAUGGUAAACGAGCGAAAGGGCGCAGAAACCUGUAUUCUCAUACAAAGAAUACAUUGUCAAAUUCUGCCUCUGUUCAAUCCCGUGUUGGUGCCUUCGGCCUUGGAAUUACAACCCCAACACCGAUUCCAUUCAAACCUUUUGGGAGCAGUGUCACAAUGAACGUUAAUGAUGUAGCCACAGAAUUUGGUUUUACACUCAAGUCAUCACAUGAAGAUGCAGUGGUAACUAAAUUUCCCUUUCCUCAACAGUGUUAGACUAUUAGACUAGUAUUCUAAGUAUUGUCUACAGUCUGAGUCAUUUCUUAUUUCUUUCUCACUUUGUCUAUUCUUUUAAUAAAGCUUUGGUCAUUAGACUUGGCCUAAAGUCACUAAAGACCAAAGAACUUUAAUUUUUAAUUGAGGCAUACUUAAUUAUACUUAUUUAGAAACUUCUCUGCCUCAGUCUACAAGAUAGAGUCGCAGUUCUGACUGUAGGCCUUCUUAGUCUUAGUAGUCAGUAUGUAGUAUGUCAUUACUGAGACUGAGUGUCAUUACUCCCAUUAUUAGACAUUAGUUUUCACUAUUACUAGAUAGAUGGGCUAAAACUAAAAUCAUCCAAUUAGUGUUAGCUGCAGGGCCUGCGAUGUCUUUCAUGGUAUAGGUCAUGGUCAAUGGAAGUUCCCGCCCCAGGUCAACUACCGGCCAUAUUUCCUUUUUUCAAAAGAUUUCAAAAUUUAGCUCGACCUGCUCGAUAGUUUUUUUCUGUCUCCUUUUGUAAUCUUAGUUUGGAAAAGGCGGCCGGGGGGGGGGGGGGGGUUUAUUAUUUUCUUUCAAAUUUUUGUAUUGAAAUUAGGGGAGGAGUUGGGAAGGUAGACCAGAAAUUAUGUUGAAAUGCCCGGUUAGAUUGCAACAUUAUCGUAAUGAAAAGCAUACGCAUACUUGGUUUUCAACCAGUUUUAAAAAAAGCACUUUUAACCAUGUGCACUUUUUUUUCUGUUGUUCAUCUUUGGUUAUUAGCGAGGACGAGUUUCUCUUUUUAUUUCUUUUGAAUCUUGUAAGUUGAAUUUGAAUGAAAACCGAAUGGAAAAUUUCAUUUUAAUUUAUUUCAUUUUAGCUGUAUGGAUCAUCAGAUUAUAUGAUUAUGUUUUUGACACGAAUAAUGCCCAGUGAAGAACAAGAAAGUUAUCAUUCCCAUCAUUCAGGUCCAAUUGUAGGUCCAGUUACCCUAAGUCCAUGUUUUGGAUUCCCCAAAUUGACGUCAGUGUGCUUAGGGGGAGAUAACUCUUGGCAAAGCCCAUGCCUUUUACUGCAUAUUUUCCUGAUGGAUGAUAUUAUAUGCUUGGGCCAAGUUAAGCUUCGGCUGUACUAUACAUAUGAUUAUGACCAAGACCAUUGGUCGCAAAUUUAUAGUAAGCUUACUGUUGCAUGCGAGAUAAGGUGCCCCAGCAGCCGACCAUUGGCUAAUGGGAAAAAGGUAAAACAUUUGAAGCUUUAUAAAAAGCUAUUUAUUUGUAUCAUACAUUGAAAACUUUGUUAUUGGGAUUUUCUUUUUAAGUUUAAAAGAUGUCAAUGUAUGAGUUAUUUAGAACUAGACAACUAGAACUUCAGUAUUCAGGUUUAUUAAUUGCAAUGUUGGCACUUUGGGAUAAAUAAGUGAGUUUUUGUGUCACAGUUUGGGAACUGCUAGACUUAACCUAUCACCAGAACUUACCUACAUUCUACAUCUAUAAAUAUUCUUCCUGUCCAUCUAACAAUCUUCAAAUAAAAAUGUUAAGAAAGGCCAGUCAGUAAUCAAAUGACAAACAAGUUUAAAAGCCUUUACUAAACCCUAAACUUAUUAUUCUUACAAAAAAUGCAGAUUUUUCAUUUUAUAAAAUUAGAACUCUCAAGAUGUCUUGUAAAUUGUAGGCCUUACAUAUUUAGAUUAUCAUAUGAUUAUAAAUUACUUGCAUUAGCACUGAUGUUUUGAGCAUUAAAUUGGCCUAUAUUAAUUUGUUGGCUACUAUGUUUUACUAAAAUGUUUAACCUAAAUUGCCUAAAUAAUUAAACUAGCAGCUAAGGCCUAUGGCUGUACUCCAGCCAGUGUUAGUAUAGGGCCUACUUUUAUUCCUAAUAACUUAAUAAGCAAAGCCUACUAAAAAAUUAAUGCAAAGAAAUAAGGCCUAAGUCUACAUUAAUUGGAUUAGACCUAGUUUUAAUAUUAUCAUCAUAAUUAGUCCAUUGAAGGUGCUGGGUGACAGAUUGAUCUAAACUGAGUCAAUCCCAAGCUAGUUCAAUCCCCAGCAAAAGCAAAAAGAUCACCAGCACCCAUGUGGAUGGGUCUUGUUAACCUUGGAUGGCAAAUCACUUAGAGAAGGCAAACUCUGAAAGUAAACCUGUAGAUGGAGUUCUGUAGGCAGUAUGGAAUUGACAUGAAUACAAUUCUGUCAACUCCUGCGAUUUAGAGCACAUAAAGAUCACAGUGAAACACACAAGACACACUGCUGGUCAUCUACUGCAUCCUGGUCUUGCCAUUAGAUAAAAUAGGCAAGGACGAGAGGUUGAGGCUGACGAAUUGACUCUCCUCACUUUACUUUAACCAAAAUAAAGAAUUACUUCCUUUUGCAUUCCAGAGAAUCACAGAACUGAUGGAUGCUCCAGUUGAUAUAGACUUACCAGCACAUGCAAUAAGUAGAGGUCCCAAUCCAUAUUUGGACAGAUGCAUGUACUGCAACACACCUCGCACAACAUCUCAGGAUGGAGAUGAAGGCUUGGAGCUUUUAGGUGGGCUUAAACUAAUUGAAUUAGUUUUUGCUUUUCCAACAGGAAAUUAAAUUCUAUAGUUAAUUUGCAUAGUUCUUCCUCUGAACGACAUUUAUAGAUGUUUCUAUAGAUUUUUAUCUUUCAUGGGGCACUAUAUUUAUAUAUCAAUACUAGCCAAUAUACCCGGUAAUUAAAAAGUACAUUUUCGGUUGUUAGUUUUAACUUGAAUUUGCAUUCUACGCCUGUCAGUGAAUGGAGCUAGAAAUAUGAUUGAUUGGGGACCAUCUAUUUUUAUAUUAAGUUUGCCCUGAGCGGGGAAUGGAGUGGUGUUGAUUUAGGAGAUUUUGUGAACGGUUGGAAGUGUCUAAAUAUUUUAGUCUGCAAAAUUAUCACCACCAAAUUAUUGUAAUGAUGGUGGUGAUGGUCAUAUUGUUGCUUUGUAUUUUCAUAAUGAACUCACUAGGCAUGGCUACAGUAAUAUUAACAUAGUAGCCAGAGUGACAAUUUUAGUCAAUCCGCGACAAUCCAUAUAGUACCAAAACAAGGGGAGGAGGGGUGUGGAUUCGAGAUUUUGCUUAUGCGCGCGUUUGGCCUGAAAGAGGGGCGGGGGUGGGGGGUCUCGACAAAAAGUAUGUAUGUUAUUCAUAAAGUCUAUAAUACUCAUCCUGAAAGUAAAAAAGAUAGCAAAUUUAUAUCAGGAAUGCUGUAAAAACAUCAUGCAGUGUUUUAUAGGAAAUUUUUUCAUAAUAAGCCAUGUAUUUUCAAAAAUGAACUCGCUUAAACACUCACAUAGUACUCAGUAGUAGAGGUAUUACAGUAAUAUUUAGUCCACCGUAUGUUGUGAGAGCAUGUGACAUAUAUUUUGUUGGGCUACAUCAGUGCUUCUAAAACAUUCGUUUCCUGGCGCCUAAACCAAAUUUAGGUUUUCACCAGGCUCCCUAUGUUAAAUUAUAACAAGUACACUUCGAAACAGCGAAUAUAUUAACAAAAUAAAAUAAAAUGUUUAGUAAAAGUAAAUAUAACACACAUGUAAAUCACUAAGUGCCAUAUAGUAACUGCAAACAGUAGUUACUCUAGUGGGUUACUGGGGGGAGAGGAGUAGACAAAUUUGACUUCUGGUGUUUGUUUGCUUCAGUGCUGCAUGACGUAAUUUUGUGAUAUAAUUAUUUCUUAUGGCUGAACCGCGGCGAGUCCAGAAACAGAAAUUUAGAGAAUGCAUUCAUUGUCAACUGUUCCGUGAAGCAAAAUUAGAUUUUUUUAUAUUUUAAGGAUCUGAAAGGGUUGUUGAAAUCUAUUUUAGAACGCACAAAACAGUAGUAUGAUUUUUAAUACCCCCCUUCCUUUCACCCAUUUACAGCUUUAAAUUGUUAUCAGACUGUAAUUUGUUAAUGUGAAAUAGGCAUAAUAGAUAUUUUCUUUUUAUUUGAAUUAAAAAGCUUUUCCUAAAAAAUAAAUCUCAAGUUAAUUGACAUUGUUAGGUUUUUUAAAAUGACCCCCUAAUUUGUACAUAUAUAUAUACUGUAUUUUAUUUAAAACUAAGAUUCUGCAUUGCAUGAUUUUUAGACAAUAUUGUAAGAUUUUAGGAGUUUGAGAGUAAACAGGUCUGUUAUUCCAUAACAUUUGAGAAGACUCAUUGAAAUUAAAUGAAACUUAAUAAACAUGAAAAAGGCGUUUAUAUCAUCUUAAAAAGAUUAUAGCAAAACAGAAGCUUCUAGAAUAAUCUAGAAACUUCACAAAAAUUAGAAAUGAAUGACUCGAUGAGGCUGAGAAACUCUCCAGGAAGGUAUAGAAAUUAAUACAACUAAACUAACAUUUCAAUAAGCUUUUAUUUAAGUUCCCACUGUAUAUCCCUGUAUAUAGAAUUUCUGAAAGAUUCUAGAUUAAAUUAUUUAUAACCAUCUCCAAAUGUGUGAAAAAUUACUUUUCUACAAUUAUUUGUUGAAAAUGGAAAAUUCUAAAACUUAAUGCUAUAAAUAUAAAAUUUUUUCAUUUAAUUAAAAGAGCGGUCCAUUCCAUAAGGUACAGUUUUAGUUAUGCAUGAGAUGGUUACCAGAAAUUUGUUUGAAAGAAAUUUCUUCGAUGGAAAAUUGAUAGACGGAAGUUUGAUGAAACAGAAAUUUGAUCAAAUUUUUUUUUUUCAGUUCACACGAUCAAAUUUUCAUCAAAUUUCUUUUUGAACACACUAUACUAUAUAGUAAAACAAAGUAAUGCAGAACAAAGCCACAAACAAACAAAUUUUCACUUUUAUGGAUAUAUGUGAUAUUAUAUUUAAUAUAUCAUUACUAUAAUCCAAUAUAGAUUUGCAGCUGGAUGGUAAUACUGUGAUAAGUAGCCCAGCUAAUCCUCAGUCCUAUAGCUCAGUAAGUUUGUCUAAUUCAUUGUUUCGAUGUUAGUUUUUAAAAUUUUUUUACUUUUAAUGCUUUUCUUGUUUAAAUUCAUCAUGUUAAAUAAAUUAUAGGGUUUAAAAUGGUUACCGAAAUUUGAUCAAAAGAAAUUUCGUCGAUGGAAAAUUGAUAGACUGAAAUUUGAUAGAACGGAAAUUUGGUCGAAUCUUUUUUUCACUUCACACGUUAAAAUAUAGUGCAUUGUAAAAGAUAUUUGACGCAAAAUUUUAACGUGUGAACUAAAAAAAAUAUUAAAAAAUAUUCAACUAAAUUUCUGUUCGAUCAAAUUUCCAUCGAUCAAAUUUCCGGAUACGGUUUAAAAUAGUCUAAAAUAAAAUAAAAUGCAUAGCUCGAUAAAUCCAUAGAUUUUCUAAAUUUUGUUAAGAUCUUAGAAUUUAAAAAAAGUGAGUAAAAUUUGGUAAAUGUAAAAGUUCCAUAUGAAUAUAUAAUAAAUAGCAAUCCACAAAAAACUUACCAUGGGUAACAUAAUAUCAUAUUUAGAUUAUACUUUUUUGUCACCUUUUAGCUAAAGCUUGAGAUUUGGACAUGUGUCAACUGCCGUAAAGUUGCAGGGAAUUUUCAGUCAUUUUUGGUAAUCAAAUUAAUAUUUUUAAAAAAUAGUAUAAUUUUCAAUUUGUGUAGUUCCUAGUAGCAUGCGUUAUUGCUUGUUAAGUAGACCAUGUGAUAUAUUUGUAUAAAUAAAUUUGGAAAAAAAGCAACAACUUUGCAUAUACUUUUGAAGCUUAUGGUGGAUGGUUUACUUUCUGGUCUUAAUAAGCCAAAUAAUUAUUUGUUCUGUCAAAAAUAUAAAACUUCAUUAAAAUAAUCAUUUAAUGAUUUUGCACAUGAUGAUUGAGGGAGAAUUCCAAAUGCAUUAAAUGUCUAAAUAUUGUCACGAUUAGUCACGAUAAUUGAUAAAAACAAUUACAGGAGGCGAAUUUUCCUCAAGCUUCUUAUGACUUGCCAUUUUUACAUGAACGGUGCAUUGAUCCAUUAACGUGUGCAAGAUGCGAAGAAGAAAGGUAGGUGAGCUGUGCUUUAAUGAAAGCUUAUACCAUGUUUAAAAUUAAUGUAUACAUAUAACUUUUAAUAAUUAUUUAUGAAUUGACUUUAAUGUAUCAUAUUUUUUCUUAGAGAAUGUCAUGAAAGAGAAACACAAGAACUACAAGAAAACUGGGUUGAAUUGCGAUCAAUAGUGAAAGAUUUGUAUAGUAGUCUGGAGGAACCAGUCCUCUCUGAACAACAUGGUGAAAGACUUCAAUUGCUAGUAGAUAAGUAAGUAAUUUUUAAAAAAAGGUUUAGAUUAUUUUGGGGACUUGUUAAAAAAAAAUCAACAUACCUUUUUUAAUGUUCAAUUAAGCUUGAAACUCUUUGCCUUAUUUUAAAAGGCAAAUAUUCAUUUUAAUCUUCAGUGAAAAACAAUAGCAACAUCAAUGUCAUUAAUACACAUUAGAAAAAAUAUUGAAAGGUUUUUAUAUAUUUCAAAGUCUGGUUUUGAAUCAUGGGAUUACAUUUUCAAAAGCAAUUUUUCUAUUUAAAAACAAAAUUACAUCCAGAAACUUAAAAUCUUUCUCAAAUAUAUUUGUAAAAAAAAUGCAUUAUUUUAUAAUUUCAGGCUUUGUAGUCGAGAUCCUCAUCAAUUAUUUCUACGUCUUGAAUCCCAAGUUCGAGAAAUUGUAAUGGACAUGAAAGUUAGUUUGCUCAUUAAACUGAAAGAAAAUGGCUGUGAUUCUCCCGAACUUGCGCUGGAUUUUACCAGUUCACUCCUCUCCCACUAUGAACUCCUCACCAAAAAAUCACAUCUACUUGCUCAGUAUCUAAGUGGCUUGGUAAUAUAUUAUUUCAAAAAGAUUAUUUAAACUAUCAAUUAUGAAAAGUUAAGAAUUAUAAUUCACUCUGGUUUUUUGCUUAAAGGAAAAAAUUUCGUGACUAUAGCUGUAAAUUUAUUGCUUAUUUUAUAGCACUAGUUUAUUUUUCUUUUGUUCUGUGGCUGGAUUCUAGAAACUUUGUUCAGAGGAGCAUAGGAAAUUUAUUGUAAAAUUCUUUCUAUUGUAAUUGUUAAUGAUAUUAAUAAUUUUAGUUUUUUCUUUGACAUCAUUUGGUACCUAUAUUUAAUGACAAUCAAUAUUAAUAACUAGAAAUGUUACUGUUCAGCAGAUUCCUCUUUUAUUUUAUUGAUCAUCUUUAUUAUAUGGUUUACGUUUCUUACAAGAUGAUAAAAGAAAAUAUUUAAUGCCUGUAUAUAAAACAAAAAUUGCAUAUCUUUUAGUUAGAAUUCCAGGUCAUCUUUUUCUUUUUGAAUUUUAAAGAAAAUAUACUUUUUAAAUUUGCAGAGUGAACAUUUGCGGCGAUUUGAGGUAACAUGGGAGCUGUUAAACAAACACUUGUUUCAUUCUAUAGCACAUAAUGAUCCUGCUAUUAGCAAUAGUGGACCAACAAUUUUAGAACAGCUCAGGUAAAUAAUUGUAACUUUUCAUGAUUUCAUGGUUAUUAUCAGUGGUCUUAUAUAUCAACUACAGGUAUAUUUUAAUAAAUUUUUAAGGAUAUUUAAGGUGUUUUCAUUAACAAACUAUUUUAAUGUUUUUAAGGAGAGUUAAUUAUCUUAUUCACAGACAAGGUUCAGUACAAUUUGAAAGAGCAAAAGAUGACCCCUACUCCACUGUACGCAAGCGUCUUCUAAAAUUUCAGGAAGAAAUGUCUGUUGUGGUUGUAGUUUGGAGAGAUUGCCAACAGCUUAUAGAAAAUUAUUGUCAGGAAGAGGUGAAGGUAAGAAUUGGUGGUAAAGAAAAAAUAGUAACCAUUCAGUUUUAUUGUCAAUUUUCAGAUCAGGGUUUCUCAACCUUUUCUAUUUAUUCUGAACCAACUACAAAUUAUUUUGUUAUGUCUCACACCCCAAUGAAUUGUUUGAUUGGACUUCUAAUUUUGUUAUUUAAUUACAAAGAGAAAGUAGAAUUUAAUAAAUAAACUUGUGAUUUAACUUAUUACGUAAAGUAAAAUUAAAAUGAAGAAAUAAUAAAAUAUAAACAUUUAUAUCAAAAAUCAAAAGUCAAUGUCCAAGCUAUAACAAAUAUCUUUAUUUUAAAAAUAGAAUACUCAAAAGCAGGUGUCCAGUAAAGCUCGCAGCUUUAUAUCACAACAAAGACAAUUUCUAAAAGAGCAUCUCAUGAAGGAACCGCUUAUGGACAAAGCCCUUUCCGAAACUAUGAAAAAUCUCAUGUCUGGACACAAAACUUCAACAGAGAGAGUACUUUGUCAUCAGUGUAAAAGAGAAAGGUUUGAAUUUUUUAAUUAAAUCAUUUGAAAAUAAAAGAAUAAAAAUGUUUAAUAUAUAAGAGUAGUUCAGUCAUGUAUCUGCAGUCCUAGCUGCCACUGUUUUCAUGUAGCUUAUCAAAGAAACUCAAAUAUAAGUUCAGGUUCUUGGCCUUUUGACUAACCACAGCCAACAUAAAAAAUAAAACUGAAUUAAAAAAAUUAGCACACAAAUUUGGGUUUCAAAUGGAAAUAACAUCUCUAAAUUUGGCCUAAUUAACCACUUCUUUCAAAUCAGACUUAUCUGAAAAAAUAAAUCUUUAACAGUAGAAUAAGUUGCAUUAGAUUUUGAAAAUUAUAACUUAAUGAGGAUUAAAAAGAUUUGAAAAUUCUGAAAAUGUCCCUCCCCAUUGCACCCCUAAUGGUUAUAAAAUAUGGAUAUUACAAUGAACAAAGUACCCAUGUAAUAAUGUAGGAAAGAAUUGAAGAAGGUAUCAGCCUUAUAGAUAUUAGGAAAAAUAAUGUCUUGCUUAAAGAAAUUUUAACUUAAUCUUAUUUACAAUCCUCUGAUCCCAAAAAUUUUCAGAUGGCUUGAUUUUUCUGUUUCAAGUUAAUAUCACAGGUUUUACAACGAAACACUUAAUUCACUGUCUUACAUUAAACUAUGAAAUAAAUAAGUAAACAAAAGUUAUUUAGAUUCAUUUAUGAUUAUAACAUCUAUAAAUUAUUUAUCUUAAGGUUUGUUUAAUAUUAUUUUCUUUGCAGAUGUACAUGUGAUGAGUGCACAAUAACACACAUGAUAACUUGUGGCAUAAUCAACAGUGAUAAAGGAGAGAUUCCUCCUCCCAAUUCCUUUAGCUUUGCCCUAGAUCACACACGCAAUAUUAUGGACAUAACACCACCAUCCAUGUCUAGUACUACAUCCAGCAGUGGUUCAGUUUCACCUAUGAAUUUAGAGGACAAGCUAACAUCGUUCUAUGACUGUGAAAGAGUCUUGCAGUAAGUGUAUGUUGUUCUAGAAAUGAUUAAAUUUGUGUUUUUGAAAGUUGCUUUAAUUUCUAAUAUGUAUUUUUUUUUUAAAAGUUAACAAAUAUUGUCAUUUUUAAUCUUCAGUGAAGAAUUCAGAGAUGAAUUUAGUGAUGCACUGCUUUCAUGUAGUGAUCGUGAAGGUAAAGCUUCAAGUUUGACUGAGGAUACAACAGAUGACAUCGAUGAUAAUGCUGGAGAUGAUGAAGAGGAAGAUGAUGAUGAUGAUGAUGUUGAUGAAGAUGAAUUUACUGAUAAUCAGGAUGCUGGCAGUGAUGAACCACAUGCUCUACAGGUAAAUGUUGUAUAAAAAGGUCUUUAUCUAUCACAGUUUAUCACUACCUCAUUGUACAAAAAUCAUACUAAUAUUUUUUAAUUACAUUAUGAUUAGAACAAAAAAAUAUACAUUUUACAGUUAUUAGAGAAAUAUUACAAUAAAUUAUGUCCACUGCAUAAAUUGCACUCAAACAAUUUAAAGUUUUUUUUAGCAAGUUGUACUGAGCACAAAAUACAAAUUUUUUUGAGAUUGGUAACUACAGACCAUUUGACAUAACAUUUUUAUUAAAUGAAAACUAAAGAGCAUUUCCAACUCUGAUUAAAAAAAAAACAUCCCCUGCUUACAUGUCGAUUUGAAAGGCCGGUGUCAAAAUGCCCAUCCCUGUCCUAAAUUGCCUUAUUGAUAUUUAAGACCGAGCUUUUUACUUUAUUUCUCAUGAAUAUUUAAAUGCUUCUAUACAUUUCUUAUAAUUAUAAUAUUAUAUUUAAAUGUGGAAAAAAAAGAAUCGCUUUGGUUCUAGUAUUCUAAACACAGAAUUUGGUAAACAUUGAUUGGAGCAUAUUUAAAAAUGGAUUGGCCUGAAUUACUAGGAACUAGAACUGUCAACAGAGGCCCAGGUACCCACCCAAGGCUAACUAACUGCUUGGGCAAUUUAGGGUGCCCAAUUAAUUUUAAGAAAAUAUUUUUAAAAUCAUAAAACAAUAAAAUUUCUAAUAGGCCUACAUUUUUUUAAAAAAAGGUAAAAAUUGAAUGAAAGUAAUAAUUCUUACAGUUGCUAUUUAGUGGGUCAUACGGGGUCGUGACACACAAAUUAAUAAUUCCUAAAGUUGCUAUUAAAUGUUUCAUAAGGGGUCGUGACACACCUAUCUCAUCUAAAACUAGCAGACUUCUGGUGAUAGCAUGAUUCUGCAUGAUUUCAAAAAAGGAAACCAUGGUUUUUAUCUUGUUUUGUUUAGUAUGCUGCGUCUUUUAUAAAGCAAGUUUUGAAAUUGCACACGUCAUGUGUUCAUAUUAUAGUAUAGGCUAUAAAUUCAAAAGAAAAACUCAACUAAUGUAAUUUAAAAAUUUAAAGAGUACAUUUUAAAUUAACUACAUUUCAAAUGAGUGAACUUCAGAAGUGAGAUUAUUUGCAAAGCACGUGUGCAAAAUAGUCCACUUGCCACAGCACUCCAAUGAAAUCCCACAUUUCCUAAAAAACAUGCCUGCUCUGUGGGUCGAUGGGUACCUGGGCAGGUAAUGAAUUUACAAUUUUGACAGCCCUACAAAACACAUUUUUCUCAUGCUCUGUGAAAUUUAAAAAAAAUCUGCAUAAUAAAUUUUGUCAUCUAUCAAAUAAAAGAAUCUUCCUUACUUCAGAUUCCAAUUUGUGAACUUAAAGAUGAAGAGGAGCUCUGGGAGGCUGUUACACGCCGUCAUCAUCAACAGCAACAUCUCCAGCACCACCAUCACGUUUGUGAUAAGCGCUCUACCCAACAUAGCUGUGCUCCUUGUCAUCAACUCAAGCAAGAUCAGCAGUGCCCGGUAAUUUUCAGUAUACUUAUUAGAUUUUAAUUAUCUUUUCUGAAUAUCAUGUCUUGUGUUAGGAUUAAUGAAGAAUUUUAGUUUUGUUAGUUUAUAUUCCAUUAAGCUUAAGCAAAUAAAGUAAUUUUCACAUACUAGUUUCAGCCAAGAAUAGAUCCUGAGCUCUCUAGGCAGCUAGAUGCUGAACUCGCAAAAUCUGGUCUAUUACCUGGAGGAGCUGGAGAUUAUGGCAGAGAUGCUAUAACUGAGAAUGGUGAAGCAACAGCUGAUAGCCAGGGGAGUGGUGACAAUGUUAAUACAAAUGUAUGUGCAACAUGUCAGUGUCAUGCUUGUCUGAAUCAGAGCGGUCAUGUCAUUUCAACAUCACUGCCAUUACAAGUGAGUUUUUAUUAAAUUUUUGUUGUUGUGCUAUAUUAGUAAUAGGCAAUUAAAAUAGUUUUGGUAAAAGUAACAGAAAAUGUAUAUGCUGGAAUAAUCUUACUAUUGACCAGAAAUUUUGACUAAUAGAAGCCUAAAAAUUCUGUUGAGUGAUUAUUGUUGGUUGUGAUUUUCAGGCAUUACUUUUAAAAAUAAAAUUAAAAGAAGAAUAAACCAAAGAAAGAUUGAGGUUUUUGGUUUAGUAAUAAACAAAUAAUAGAGUUAUUCUUUGAUCAAAAUAAGUUUAUUAAUUUUUUAAAUUUUCGCUGCAUUGUUUGUGGAAGUUAAAAUGUAAAAAAAAAAAUAAAAAAAUUAUAGUCUUUCUUUGUGUAAUUCAUUUUAAGAAGUUUUAAAUUAUUUUAUACUUUUUAGUGCAUUUAAACUCAUCUUUGAUUAGCAAGUCCUUUAUGAAAAGUUUUAAAAAUUAUAUUAUGAAAGUUGAUAAUGACCUUGACCUUUACCCGAGUAAAAUAGUGCUACUCAACCUAUGCAGUCAACCCACCCCAAUCUCUCUAUUUGUUCUAUCUAUUAUUACAUCUGGUUUUUUAUAUUAAAAGAAAUAUCCUUUCAGAAAAUGUCAGGUUAUAGUAGGUACUUAUAAAAAUGUCCAAAAUGAGUUUAAAAAAUUCCUUUUCAUUGAAGUUAUUUAAUCCAUUUUUUAAAUUAAUUAAUGCACCUGACCAUAGACAAUUAUCUUUGAAUCUCUUUAGAGUAGGUCUUAUGGAUCCAAUCUUUGUCUUUUCUAUUUAUUUUCCAAACAAAAUUGUAACUGUACGACUAAGCUUUGGGCUAAAAAUUUUCAAUAUGUAACUCCAAGGUCACUAUCAUGGCUGGUGCAUAUACUGUUAUUACUUUCAAGUGGAUUAUCAUUGUUUUCAUUUAAAUCCAUUUGCAAUAAAGAAAGUCUGUGUUGAUUUUACAAUCUAAAGGAAUCCUAGCCGCGAACACAAUGUCAGCAAAAAAUCACCCUUUUUAAUGAUAAUUCUGUUGGAUGCCUAUUAUAUUGGCUGUAAUAAUCAGGGGUGACCACAGAGAAUGCCAUAACGGCCGAUUAUUGGCCGUUAUGACAGCUAUAUGUUAAAAAGCUUGUCCUUAACAAUCGUAAAAAUAAUGUUUUAUAAAUUGUUUGCACCAGAUGCCAGUGUCCCCAUCUCCAUCAGAGUUGCACCUGUAUCCACAUAUUCAUGGGCUUCCCCAACACAACCCGCAGCAAUAUAUGUCAGAUUUGUCCUCACAUCUAUCCUCUAUAAAACUUCCUGUCAAGCUAGACUUCAAUGACACAAGUAGCAGCAUUCUUUACCAUGCUUACAGGUACCAAAUAUGGCCUAAAUAUUUGUAAAAGUUUUUAAGCUUUACUUACAUAUAUUUUAUUAUUUUAUUCUUUAUAUAUAAAUUCAAGGCUGUCUUUUUAUAAAAUAUACUGGUAAUUUUUUAUAUAGAUUACAUAAGUGGUCACUAAUAUUAUUAUAUGAGCUAUAUUCUACUUACAGUUGUUUUACAUUUUUCCACAGUGAUUGGGACAACACUCUCGCCCGUCCUGGAUCACUUGCAGCUCAGCAUCACCAACAACACCAUCGUCUUUCUGCACUCUCCACAGAUCUCCCUCCACCACCACCUCUGGUCACCUCUGCUUCUUCUUUUACAUUUGAUUAUGCGUCUCACUUAGCUACACACACAACAAACACCUCUACCACAAAUACCACCAGUGCAUUCAAAUCAGUGGCUGGAAAACAUUUUGCAUCUUCAAUCCUUCCCACUCUUAAUAAUUUAGAAAGUACAGCUUCAGAAGGUAGUUCAGUUGAUCCUUCUAAACCUCUAGAUUUUGCAUCAUUGGCUAAAAUUCCUCAGUCUUGUUUAAAUUCUGCUAAUUCCCUUUCACCCUCUGCAUUUUCUCUUUCUUCAUCUUUUUCAUGCCCAUCAUCAUCUCUAAACCUGUCACCAUCUAUUCCUGGUGUGCCGGUGACUGCCAAGACAAUAGGACCAUGCCAUGGUCCUCCACAUUGCUCCAGACCACCUACUUUGGGUGGAAAUCCAUCCAGUAAAUGGGAGAGAAGCCCUCUUCCAUCUUGCAAAAAAUUAUCUGCUGGGUCAGGUGUCUUUAAUAAACAGAUGGCAAGUGGCCCUGCCUAUAAUUUAGGUGUUGUGCCUUUUACAGGCGGCCUCCAGGCACCACCAGCAAUGCCCACAUCACAAGCAGCUCCAAAGAAUCCCUUUUCUGGUCAUCACCACAAAGAUGAGGUUCUUCGGUCAUUGCGUUCUUGCUCCCACACCACCAAUUCAACCCCUCGACCAGGAGGAUUAUCACCUCAUGUAACCACUGGUGCCCCUUCCAUUAUCACCAACACCACGUCCACUACACCAACAACAAAUGGGCAAAGUGUAACUCUGUCAUGCAAUAACAGCUUGUCUAGUAUCGUUAACAACAUUGGAGUGGGCACCAUUUCCACACCAUGUAAUGACCCAGAUUGUGAGGCUAAUCAUCAUGAUGAUAAUUGUGACAGUGUUGAUGAUAGUUAUUCAGACAAGAGUUCUAGCACCUCGACUUCUAAUCAAAAGGAAGGAAAAUACUGCGAUUGUUGCUACUGUGAAUUUUUCGGACAUAAUAAUGUAAGUUUAUUCCAAAAUUAUUAUCAGCAUUAAUGGUACAUUAUAAUGAGUGUAUCAAAUCUAAAUCUAUACAAAUUUCUUUUAAAAAUUCAAAUCCAUAUUUGGAAUCACAAAUGGAUAUUAAUUAAUUAUUUGAUAUGUUGGUUCUUAGUACUUAAGUAAAAUUUGGUCUCCAUUAUUUAAAUUUGUGCACAAAUAUUUUAAUUUUAUUUACAUUUACAGACUCAAGUUGCCAAAACAAGUACUAACUAUAUAGAAAUGAAAGAUAGGCUCAGGAAAAAAUUAAAAAAGAGGGUAAGUUAUACAUUUUCCUUUUCUGUUAUUCCGCAAAACUGCUGUUUUCAUUUUUCUUCUUCAUUUAAAUCGGUGGUUCUCAACUUGUGGAUUGACACUCUCCUCAAGGGUCGCUUGACAAUAUGCCAGAGGUUGCAUGAAAACUUAAGAAAUGAAGAUUUUUGGGUAAAAAUGUGCAUCUUAUUUUUACCAUCUUUCAUUUUAAAAUUUAAAUAUUGUUUACAGUUAUCGGGUAGGAUUUUAAAGCUGCAGAAGUAGACUUGUAGCAGAAGAUGAUCUGCCUUGUGCUCUUGUGAAAAAAACACCAAAAAACUUCUAACUUGACACUUUUAGGUUGUUCACUAUGAAAAUUUACAUUUUUAGACUACUUCAGUUUUGAGGUUUAUAAAGCCUAAACUUUAAAGUUGGUAGCUUAACUGAAAUUGUUACUUUUAAUUAUACUUGGAUACAUUUAAAUUUUCAAAGGAUCCCUCAGCUCCUCUGGGCCACCUUGACUCUUAAACAUCCUCAUUAACAAAGGAAUCACCCAUCCAAUUUUAAGAAAAACUUUUAUGUUCAAAUGUAUGGUUGUACCUUCCUAGAGUUCAGUGUCAAAGAGUCAAUACUAUAUUUUUGGGAGUAUCAUCAACCCCAUCCCCUCCACACUACUUAUUCAUGUCAAUGCAAAUCUCAAGGCCAUUUUUAGCACUCUAUAAGAUUAGCCUUCCCUCUUCAAACAUGCAUAUUGAUGGAUUGAUGCCAUUUUGCAGCCAUCAAUUUGCUGACAUUGAUGAAGAACUAAUUUAAAUAUAAAAGUGAUAAUUAAAAUACACAGAUGAUUAUAAAAAAAUGAUGAAGUUUUAAAAAAUCUGUAUAAAAACAUCAAAGUUUUGUAUGCUGGCUGUUAUUUCCACAAAUGCGCCUUCUUGGAUAUAUGGAAAUAGAUUAAACAUGUUGUUUUUUUAAAUUGAUACUUUUAGCACUUUAAAACAGAUGCCGGACCAAAGACUUAGACUGGAGGGGUUUUUAGCUGAAAUUUGUAAGGAUAAUAAUUUCAAACAAAAAACACAUGUUUUUAUGUUUAUUACAGCCAAAAUUUUAAUUGAAAUAUUCAAUAAAUACUGUUCUUUUUAAAUGAAUUACCUAAGCGCAGCUUACAAUGCAUGCUGAACUGACCUCACUCGUUUCACCCAACUCUGAAAUACACGGGGUGGGCCACAUAGAUGGGUAUACAUUUGCAAUAUUUUGUACUACCAUUGAUGUGAAGUGGCAAUAAUAAAUCAUAAAUGCACCACACUUCCGAUUUCACAGAUAAGUACCGUUUUUAUGUGGGCCACCUUGCAUAAGAGAGAUGUUUAUAUACCGGUAAAUCUAUAUAUAUAUAUAUAUAUAUAUGUAUAUAUAUAUAUAUAUAUAUGUUGUAUUAAUUUUAAUCACCUUUGAAUUAUAUUAUCACUUUUGAGUUUCAAUAAUUCUUAUAUCUUUGUUAACGAAAUGCCCUGGCAGCAAAAUGAUAGCAUUGAAUCAUCCCAUUCCCUUUUUGAUAAGACUUAUGAGACAAAGAGACAUACCACCUUACACCACUGUGUCUCAUAAUAAUCAUCAUUUUAGUCCUCUGGGUUCCUUGUGGAGCAUAGGGCCACUGUCAAAGCAUGCUUCUUUUCAAGGUCUCUUGCCAGUAGUUGAGUUCUUCCUAGCUCUUUCCUGUUCCCUUGCCUCAUCCUGCACACUGCUGAUUUUGAUAAAAGUUUAUGUGAAUAAGUUUUUGUGUAUAUAAGUAUAAAAAGCCUUACAAGUGGGUGGUUUUUAGGCAUAAAAAAAGUAGACAUUAACUUAAUAUUAAAUGAUGUUUAAAGGAUAUAUAUUUUGUUAAAUUGUUGUUUGAUAGUGAUAGUUUUGAAGCACUUAAUGCAAUUGCAAUAUUAACCAUUUUUUUGUUUCUCUUUAUUUCCAUUGACAUUUUCUGUGUAGCAGAGUGAGAGCAAACACAAACAAAUUGGCCCAAAAAAUGGACUUGUGCAAGAGGGCAGUAGAGAAGAUUUAAAAGACCCUUUAGAAAAAAAAGGCCUUGAAGGUCUUCUCAGUUUUAUAAAUGGAACGGAUGAUAAUCAGAGUAAAGCUAAGGAAAAGGAGCUCACAGCCAAAGCUGCAAAAAGGGCGCGUCAAAAGCAGAAAAAGGUAACUAAUAAUACAAGUAAGAUCUCAACCUAAGUAAAAUGAUAGAUUCAAAAUAUAAUUUGAAUUACUAUUGUUUCAAAUUUUGGUUUAUCUACGCUUUUUCAAAGAAAUAAUUUUAUGGAAUAAGGAGCAAAAACCUCACCAUUGAAUGGUGUGUAUUUUUUAGGCCUCUGCACUAAAAAAGAUAAAAGAAAUCAAGUUUAAAAAUGAGUAAUAACCAUUUUAUAAAAAUAUUAAAUGCUGAUCCUGAUUUUAUUUUUAGUAGCCUUAGACCAAAAUAUGAUAACCUUAAAGAAAAAUUAAUUUUAGAAUACUUUACAUUUAUAAAACUUGAACACUGAAUUUUAGCCCAUAUAACUGCAUUUAACACCUUACUAUGUAUGUUACAUAUCUUUUUACCCUUUAAAAUUUUUUAUUUGGUUUGAGUGGGGUUUGUUUGUACUGGUUGGAUUCUUUGAGCCGACAUAUCUCUAGGUUCUUGACAGUUCUCGACAUUCUAGAAAGCUUAGUAACGCAGUACAUUUUGAUAUUUUGUCUUCCUAUUUUGUUCUCUUCUCUAAAUUUCUUGGUCAAUAAAAUUUUAAGAACUCACUUUGUAAAAUAUGUACAAUAGAAUAGGAUGGCAAUCUAAGGAUUGAAGAUUUACACCGAGUUACAUGAUUGUAGAGUUUAUUUGCAAUUAAAUAAAUCUCUUUAAAUCUUUUCAUUUAAUAUAAAGGGGAAAAUUUAACAAAUAUUUUUACAUUUCCUUGUUUUUGACUUGGGAAGAAUUAAAAUGAAUUAGUGAUUCUGUUUUUUUUUUCAAAAUGUAUUUUUGUUUUCUGCAUAAUUUAUAUGUAUAUAUAUUUGAAAAUACUUAAAUCUUUUUCAUGUCCAACUUAAAACCUUAAAGGUUAAUUAAAUUUUGAAGUGUGAAGAAUCAUAUGCUUUUUCCACCAUUAAUUCUAAAAAUGUAUAGUAUAAAGUAAAUAGAGUAAAUUAAAAAAAGAAAAUAGUUUUAAUGUUACAAUUUUUUUAAAAUGCUUGGUAAUGGUAACAAUUGUGCAGAAAACCCAAACAAAUCAUUUUUAACUACAGCAUGUGCUGGUAAAAAUUACAAUUUAAUUUCUUUGUGUAAAGUGGGUGGGGAAAGGAAUAUAAACAAAGGUGAAGGUCUCUCCUUAGUGGUUUUUUGAGGUGAACUGUUUAUUUUAGGAGGUGUGAAGACUUGUUUUUUUUUUUUCAAAAUGAAAAUAGCUCACUUAGUUAACAUAAGUAGGUCAGCAUUGAAUUUAGUGAUUAGUUAAUAAUAAAUAUUUUUCAAACUUAAAUUUGAUUCUUUCAGUUAAAAAUGUUUUCAAUCAUUCUAGUGGAGCAAAGAAUGUUUUGACAUUGUUACUAGCUUAAGACCCACUGUGCAAUAAAAUAUUUUAGACUUUAAUAAAAAAAAAAAAUAGUCAUGUCUGUAUUUCAUUAAAGAAUUAAAGUUAUCUGAUUCUGGGAUACUUAUAUUUGUAAUAAGGUGGAAUGCAUUAUAAAUGGUAAGUACACUUAAAAGAAAAAUCAUAUUUGUAAAUUUACCAUUAAUUAGGUAAAGUUUAAUUUCUUUGGUGGCCACUGUUCCCAAAAAUCUUAAUUAAGUUUGUUCAUAUUUCUUGCUUGAAAUUAUUAUUCAAGUCAACCACCUUUUUAUGGUUAAAAUUACAUUAAAAAAACGCUCCUAAAUAAGUAAUAUUCCUUUAUCCCUAAUUGUUAUUGUCACCAUUUUGAAAUUAAACAUUGCAUUUACAGUCACAACACAUGUUGGUCUGCGUGUACAUUUUAGUACUAGGAAUGCUUAAGCCUAAUAUUUAUCAUUUCAUAGCAUUAUAUUUGAAAUAUUACAGUUGGAGGAAAAGGCUAGACAAGAAAAGAGCAAUGCACCCAGUGUUAAGAACCAUCAACUAGAACCAGAAAAAACUCUUCGGCAACUUUUGCUUAAUCAAACUUUAACCUUAACCAAACAGUCUUCUGCAUUUGAUCAGUUAAACAUGUCAAAAUCUAAGUCAAAACGGGCUCAGUUUGUGGCAGGGAAAAAAGAUGCCCCCAUAGUUGUUUCUGUUGAUAAAGUAGAAUCACCUGUUUCUGUAACAUCCUCUUUGAAGCAAGAAAUAAAUAGAUCUUCUUUGAUAAUUGAGUCCACACGGUCUACUAUAAAUCCAACCUCAAAAAAUCUUGCAUCUGUGCAGCAGAGGUGUUCCAGUAAUAGUAAGGAUACACCCCAGCAUAUCCUUGGUGUAAUUAAUUCAGUUAAACAGCAGCAGCAAAACAAAUCUAAAUCGAUUUCUUUGGAGACAAAUCCUUCCAGCACAUUAUCUUUGCAAGUCAAAAGCAAUGGAACAGCCAUUAUGCCUCCUCUAAAGGUUACUUCAGAAUUCGUUAAAGCUAAUGGCCAAACUAAACAACAAGAAAAUCAGCCAAUUCAACGUGCUAAUCAACAUAAGCAAGCCAAGGCUUUAAAUGGCAAAAUGACAACUCCCUCGCAGCCUACUGGGAAUCAUGUGGUAAAUGGACGUAGUACUUCUAAUGAUAAAAAGGGACAAUCCCAGCAAAUGCAAAUAAAUGGAACAUCACUUAAGAGUCAGUCAUCAACACCUGUUUUAGCAAUGCCUUUAACAGGUACGACUGGUCUGCCCACUGUUUCAAAAAAUGUAGUCGGGAGUCCAAGUGCUGGCAGUGAGAGUUCAACAUCCCAAUCACCAUCUUGUGGGACAAAAGUUUCAGUUGAUCAGGUAUGGUGGAGCCCCUAUUAAAUUUUUCUUUAAAACACUUGAAAAAAAGAUUCAGAUGGAUUAUAUUUUCUGUAUUUUUUUAAAUCAACUGUUACUGAGUUUGAACUUAUAAUUUGGAAAAUAAUCAUCCUUAUGUACCAGUAUGUACAUUGCCAUCUGCCUUUUUGUUUUGAUGAAUAAUGGGCUAGUUCACUUUUUGAUAUUGGAAAAUAUGUAAAAUACUCCCAUGUUUUAUCAAAUGUAUACCAAGAGUGAAUUUUUUAGUUGUGGAAUUGAUAGGGCUAUUUUAGGUUUGAUUAACAUUGUAUUUCCAUUUCCUUUUUUCUGCAUUCAAAAAGGGAAAAGCUAAUGGAAGAACAAAGAAGAGCAAAAAGAAGAACAAAAAUGGAGAUAUGAAUGGAGUUGGUAAGUAGAAAGAAUUAAUUUUCUAAUAAUGUUUAAACAAUAAUCGUAUUGAACAACAUGCUAAUCACAUUUUCUCAGCUUUAAAAAAACCAAAAAAAAACAUACAUUUUAUCAUAAGGGUAUACCUAAUUAGAAUGUUAUCCAAUACUCCCUGUGGCUGUCUUAAAAUGCUGCACAAUUUGGCUGAUUUCAAAAACUGGUGGUGACUGGAAUACUUCUUUUUUGGAGGUGGGGUGGGGAGCAAUCAUUUCCAAAAUCAGAUAAUUUUUUAAAUUUUACUAAUUUUUAAAAGUUUACUACACAAUGAAAACUGCUUAUAAUCAUAUCUGAAAUUAUGUUUUUGAAGUUAUGUGCUCUAUCAAUAUUAACACAGUAUGUGUAAUGAUAGAUCUCAUUACUGUAUUAAUAUUACAAUAAAAUUUCAAUAAUUUUACAAAAUGAAAAGUUCAACUGGUAUCUACUUGUGAUUGAUCCCAUGAGUUUUGGAACUAGGAUAAAAAUUUGAUUUUCAGUUCAAAAUUUAAUUGAAAUUUCAGCUGCUACAUACCAUCUUAAUAUGUCUGGUCUUCCCAACUUUGGGAAUGCAUAAUAAAAAACCCCAAUCAUUUAAAAUCAAGUAUGCCAAAAAAUAAAAUCAUUAAUAUGCCCAAAAACACCAAAAAAUAUUGUCUCUAAUUGCGAACAUAUAAAUAUAUGUUCCAUUUCUCCUUAAUUUUAAAAUGUAAUGUGUUAUAGUAUGAAUGUGUCAGCAAGAUGCCUUGAUCAAUAAAAAAAGUAGUACAGAGAAUGAAAUAUAGAGUUUAAUUUUUUCAUUCUCUAUUUGUACUAAUUUAUUAGGUGAUGGAGACUUCCAACUAACACAUCUUUAAUAUUUUCAUCCUCUAUUUGUACUAUGUUUGCUGAUGGAGACUUCCAACAGACAAAUUCAUUAAUUUGUUUAGUCUGUAUUAAAGUUUUCCCCAUCCUGUGUUUUAUUUUUCCUCAAAGGGUUAUAAAGAAUCUCAUGCUGUAUCUUACAUUGCCUGGAAUAAUUAACUAUAUAAUUAGAUUGAAAAAACAAGAUUUUUAUUAGAUUUCUGUAACUCAGCUUUUGUGUUGAAUUAGUCUAAUUAGUUUAAAAGUUUGUCUGAAUCUCCAGCUCUAGUUUAAUAGAUUAUGUAAUUUUAGUAGUCAAGAUUAAAAUAAUUAUUUCAAAAUACAAUUAGUUUAAAACUCUUGCAUUUGCCAACAGAUGAGAUUUUCAUGCCUAAAUCUGAAUCUGAGUUAGACGGUGAUGUUGAUGAGUUUGAACGUGAAUUGGAGGAAUUUAAAAGGUUAAUGUACACACAUAAAUUUUAUAUAUAAUAUAUAUAUCAAAUAUACAUAUUUAUACUUUCACCUGUUAAAAAAAUCAAGUGAGAAUUUUGUUAUGAUUAAGACAUUUACAAAUUUAUUUUACUUAAAACUUGUUUGAAUUUACAAAUUUUUUCUGUGUGUGAUCUUCAGAUUUUGUUUUGAACCAGCAGAACCAAAGGAGAGGAGAAAGAUUGCUGUUAAUGUCAAUCUAAAGGACAUUUUCAAGAAAAAGACUGGCUUGGUGUGAAAAUAGUUAUAAAGCUGUUAACUCUCUUGUUUACUAAAUACAUUUAUUUUGGUGUAAUAAUUUUGAACAUGGAGCACAAAAUAUGCAUAGAUGAUGGUAAAUAAUAAAUACUUUUAUGUGUGAAAAUGUUGGUAUCAUUUUAAAUUGGAGCAUAUUGGAAGUCAUACAGUUUAGUCUGUUGCUUUUAAGAAUCUCAAGGACUUAAAAAUAUGGAUUGACUUAUUCUUUUGCUCUCCCCCAGUUCUAAAAUAUUUCUUAGCUUAAGUUUAUUAAGUUAGAAAUAUACUUAAUCUCUAUUUUUAUUGAUAGUUGUUUAUGAAGUAAUAUGAAAAAGACAUUUAAGAUAGGAAGAUAAAUAAAGAUCAUACGCCUUUUUUGUUACAGUCAAAUGAAUAACAAUUUUCGGCACUGUCAUAUUAGUAUUUUUAUUAUAUUUUUUAGUUAUUUUAUUCAGCUCAUUUUAUUCAAUUAUAUUCUUCUACAAAUCCUAACUUAGUGCAAACCUUUACAUUUUAAAAUUAUGGUGAUGAAACUAACCCUAAAUAUUUUUUGCCAAUUUGUAGCUUAUUUUUAGUGUUGUUAUAGAAUAUUAUGUAACUAAGUUAUUCUCAAAAUAGUAGGCUUUAGACAAAAUUAUUAACAUUUUGGAUGAGAAUUAACUUGAUUUCUUUCAGGAACUAACUUAUAGGUAAGGAAUUACCUGAGCACUUUCCCAAACCAUGUCCAAACAGUAUUUUAAAAUUUAGUGAACAAAUGUGUGAUGCCUAACUUCUAACUUACUAUUUAUAAUAAGUAAGUUUGCUUGAGUUUGCUACAUUAUCUUACAGACCAUGUAUGUGUACCACAAACUUAUUAAUUUUGAUGGUUAUUCUUCAAUUUUUGGUAGCUGGUAAUGUACUGUGCACCAAAUAAAAUUUGUACAGAUUUUUCACCAGUCAUGGAUUGUUAUAUAAAUUUAUGUACAUUGGCAUGCUUUCUCCUUGUUCAGAUUAAUUUAACCUCCAAAGAAUAAUUCUUCUCCCCAAGAAGCUUUACUCAUUGAUUGAAACGCCUUGCUAUGUGUGUGUUUGUGCAGGUUGAUGAGCAGGCUUGUGUAUUUUUAUGCUGAGACACCUUGGCUAUUAAUGACCAUGACUUGCUUCUCAUGAUUGAUUUAUACUUUAAUUUACACCCUGUCACUGUUCUCAUUACAAAAGUUUUUGGUGGGCUUUGUGUUCAGUUGUAAGGGUGGCGACAUCAGGUGUCAUUCAUGCAUUAACUAUGAAUUAUCAAUACAUAAUGUACUUUUUCAUUCAAAAAAUGUGUUCUGUAAUAUUUAAAAAAAUGUAGUUUUUUUCUACUUCUACUAGUACCAGUCACAUUGUCUGACAAAUAAUUUAGAUCUUUGUAAGGGGAAAAC